ACAAUCCCAGCCUCUAUUACGUAUGCCUACGUCUGGGACGUCUCACAAAACAACUAGCUAGCUUCGGCAAACAUCGUCAUUGGUCGUUAACUGAGACUCGGUCAAGGAUGGAGGAAGAGGCAAGCAAGCUUCUCGAGGAAGGAAUAAUAAAGAAAUUGAUCAGUCCUGGUAAAGGAGAGCUAUCGACCUUUCCAAAUGGAACCAAGGUGGUCUUCCACUACCGCACCAGCCUGUGUGACGGCAUAUUGCUGGAUGACUCCAGAACCAUGGGGGGCCGCUCCAAACCCAUGGAGCUCAUCUUGGGCAAGAAGUUUAAACUAGCUGUGUGGGAGAGAGUGAUCAUCACCAUGAAACAAGGCGAAAUUGCAGAAUUUACCUGUGACAAAAGGCACACAGCUCUGUACCCGCUUGUGUCCCAGUCCCUGAGAAACAUCAGUGCUGGUAAGGACCCCCUGGAAGGCCAGAGACAUUGCUGUGGUAUUGCCCAGAUCCACUCCCACCACUCUGUGGGGCACAAAGACCUGGAUCAGCUUCAGGCCAGUCCACAGCCUCUUGUCUUCACCAUCGAGCUGCAGGAGGUUCUGCCUCCAGGAUCGUUCCAGCUUGAUGUGUGGGCUAUGACAGAUGAAGAGAAACUUGAGCUUGUGCCUCAGAUCCAUGAGGAGGGCAACAUGCUUUUCAAACAGGGCAAAAUCAAGGAAGCCACAGAGAAGUACUACAAUGGCAUUGCCUGCCUCAAAAAUCUACAGAUGAAGGAGCACCCUGGAGACGAAGUAUGGGUAAAGUUUGACCAUAUGAUCACACCACUGCUCCUCAACUUCUGCCAGUGCAAGCUGCUCCAGGGCCAGUACUACGAAGUCAUCGAACACUGCUCAGCUAUACUCUUCAAAUAUGAGGACAACAUGAAGGCCUUAUACAAGCGAGCUAAGGCCCACGCUGCAGUGUGGAAUGAGGUAGAAGCACGGGCAGACUUUAAUAGGUUGUUGGAGCUGGACCCCUCUCUGGGGCCGUCUGUUGCCAAGGAGCUGAAGGCCAUGGAGGAGAAGAUCCGGAUCAAAGAGAAGGAGGAAAAGGGUCGCUACAAAGACCUAUUCAAAUACAAUACAUCACCAGCCACUGCCACUACAGGUUGACUCACACAGUGGUUUGGAACAAAAGGAUGCCUGUGAAUUUCAAGAUGGAGGACAAACAGUGCUGGUGUUUUAGUAUUUGUUUUCCAUACACCCAAGCAAAUGACUCUGCCACCCUGCCCUCCCUCCCAUAGUACAUGCAGAAAUAUGAAAUAUUCCCACACACUGUCAGGUCAUAUGCACACACCCACACAAAGUCACACAUCUAUACCAAGGUGAGAUUUGCAUUCCUGCCUUAUUCCUCUAAGCUUUAGAAAACUUUACCUUUUUAGAGUCUAAAGGUUAAGUAAAGAAAUACAAAAUCCCAUUGAAACCUUAGGUAUGUACUGGCCAAAAGCAUAAUUAUUUCACCAUGGUUUAAGCAUUUUACGUUGUCUUGAUUUCCCUGAAAUAUGUGCAGAGCUGUUGAAUAAUCCUAAAAUGACUUGUAAUCGUAGCCCAACAAUUUCAAUGGAUUCCAGAUAGAAAUGCUGCCCCUCAAAACAUUAAGGAAUACUUUUUUUUUUUUUUUUUUUUUUUUUUUUUUAAAUUGCACAAGGGACAUCACAUGACAUCACAUGCACACCUGCCUUGCACUGCCAGACCCCCUCUUCUAUGUUGGUCACAGCGGAAGCCCUGGAAUAAGCAGGAGACCGUUACAUCCUGGUAGAUGCGAUUGGGAAACUGAGCUGUCUGUGACAAUCAUUUAUAACACACGUGGACUUGUGUUAUCUUUGCUUUCUCCUAUGUACUUACUUAUUUCAUAUAUGUAAGAAAUAUAUACCAUUAUAUUCUUUUGUCUAGAUGUACUCUGCAAAGCCCUUACUAUCUCCUUCACUUACUUAGAAAGAGCUACUCCUAACUCAUGUGAGGCAGCGGGUCGUCUGAGGUGAGAUGUAAUUGAGGUUGUGAUUAUGUAACUGAAAAUAAAUUAGUUUAUCCCAA